CACGGCUUUGAUCUCUGGGGUGUGUGUGUGCGUAAGUAUGUUUGUAUGUGUGUAUGUGUGUGUGGGAGGGGGAUGUAUUCAUAAUCAGCUUCUUCAAAACGCUUUUCUCAGUAAAAAUAUGUCGCAAUUUCGAUGGAACACUAACUAGAACCAGUUGUUAAGCCUGGCAAUUACCAUAAUCACAAUCUGAAUAUAUAUUAAGUGUGGAUAAUUAACUCCUCAAUAAUAAUAACAAUAAUAAUAAUAAAAAAACAACUAAAAAGCCUCUCACGAUAUCAUAUCACAUCAUAUACAUAAUUAUCACGUUAUUUUACUAUCUCACUAUAUUAUGAAUCGAUUACAUUUAUAUUUAGAAGGAAUAAAUAAUCAAAUAUAAUUGGAUCAGAUCAUUGACAUGGAUCUAUUUAUUCAGUGAUAUUGUAUACACAAAAAGUGGUUCUGCUAAUCAAUUCAUGAUGUUCUGCAGUUAGCAAGAGCAAAGUGUAACCAAGGUCAUAUUAUCAAUGAAAAACAUCCUCAGAAUCUGUAUAUUCAAAAUGUUGACGCUGGCAUCAUCAUCAUCAUCUCCAGUAUCCUCAAGAUAUCUAGCAUUCACAGUAUUAUUGAACCUAUCUUAUCUUGAUUCAGCCAACUGUAUGUACGAUGUGAAGAUAUGCUAUUUUUAAAUUUCACUUAUUUAUUCCAUUUCAUCAUGGUCAUGUGUACUAUUGACUACUUAAUUCGUGCAGGACAAACUUCGGCAUCAAUCACCAAUAAUUUAUCAUACAAAUAUUUAUCAAAUAAUAAAUCAUCGGAAUAUUUAAAAAUGAAUAGUUUACAAAGAAUGAAUUCAAUUAUCCCGCAUCGAAUAAAGCCUAAAUCAGAUUCACAUCAACCAUAUAUCAUUCAACGUUCCCGUAAAGAUGUAUACGCAAGGUUACCAUCGAUUGAAGAAUGCAUUUCAGAUCAAUAUAAUUAUGCUGUUAUGAAAGGUUGUCUAUGCUAUUUAUUUCAAAGUACCGGUUUAAGUAAUGGUUCAUUUGAGUAUAUGUCAAAAACACAAUCAAGAUCAUUGUGGAAUUCAACGAAAUGUCUUAUCUACACAUUUGUUGGUGAUUUAAGCGAAAUUGUACAUAUACGAUUAUUAGAAUUCAGUUUAGCUGUGAAGAAAAGUAAAGAUUUCAAAGGAAUACAAUGUACAACAAAAUUCAGAGUUUAUCAUCAAUUAGAAAGAGCUGAACUAAUGUAUAAUGAUCAACCAGAUUAUGAAUUGUGCAGUUCGCAUAUAAAUCAACUACCUGUACAUGAAUUCUAUUCAACUGGACGUGUAUUGAUCAUUGAACUUGAUGGAAUAAUCACAACUGGGAUGCUUGAAGGAAAACAAAAGUUUUUGGGGUUAUUUGAAUUUAUCGAUAAAGAUGCUUAUCGAAGUGAUGGAUUACCGAUCAAAUCAACAAAAUGUGAUCGUAUCUUUUUAAGUCCAUCCUACAAGAUAAAAUCUUUGUCUGGUCAGUUAUUAGAUGACGGAAACCAUGAUGAAUACGUUAUCACCACUACGAGCAAUGCGGAUGACGAAGACACCAGCAUGAUGAAGGAUAGACGAGAUAGUGCAGAUAGAAAUAAAUACAAGAACAACAAUCUACCAAACAGUAAAGAAGCAUUUUUGCAUACCAAAGCAAAUGGGAAAUUUUUCCCACCUAACUAUCCACAAUUUUAUAAUACCUCAAUGACGUGUAAAUAUUACUUUUUAGCUAAAACAAAUGAAAGGAUUGUAAUUAGCUUGAAAAAUAUUCAACUUUGGUCUAAUAAUUAUAAUAAUUGUCAUUCCACUUCACAACGUGAUACAAUUCAUUUUCAUGAGAUUGUCAUUUCACUGCCUGAUAGAAAUUCUAUCCUACACUUAGAAGAUAUCAUUGAACAACCACCAAUAUAUGAACUGCGUAAACGCCUGUUAUUCUUAUGCGGUAGUAAAGAACAUGCUGAUAUUGUGUCUGAUAGCCUGUUUGUAAUGCUUACACUUCAAACACAUGAGAAAAGUAGUCAUGCACGUGGAUUUCAAGGGAGUUAUCACUUUUUAAGUAAAGGCGGGAGCUCUAUUCAUCAUUACAAUCAGUAUCAUCGUGACAAUAACAAUGAUAAUAAUUAUAAUGGUCGUGAAGGUCAUGUAAAACAGAGGAUAGACGAAAAGUUGUAUAGAGAUCCAGCAGUCAAAGAAUUGUCAGUUGCUGAAGCUGAUCAAUCGAUAAGGAAUUCUUCGAUUCCACAAGUUAAACAAAUUUGGAUGAAUCCAGCGAAAUUGUACGGGACAAUAGAAUCACCAAAUUAUCCAUUAGUAUAUCCACAAAAUAUGAAACUUUUAUUUAUUAUUAAUAUUCCUGAAGGAAAAUCACUUCAGUUGAAAUUUCUGGAUUUUAAUCUUGGCGAUCAGAUACCGAAUACAAAAUGCUCACAAGAUGCUGGUGAUCGUAUAGAGAUUUAUGAACAAAAUUAUUCACAUAAUCACCAAUCAAAAAUGAUAUUUUGUGGUAAAUCAAUAUCUGAAAAACAAAAAACUCUAAUCAUUAACAAUAAUAACAAUCAAUAUGAAAUGAAACGUGUAUAUAUCCAGUUUAUAACAGAUGAUAUAAUAACAUCAAAUGAACGUGGUUUUAUUCUAUCCUAUAAAUAUAUUGAUCAAAACCACAUGCUCCUACCAUCGACAUCUUCGUCAUCAGCAGUUCUGUACAACUCUAAUUAUUAUCCUACUCAGAAUAAAUACAAUCUUGUCCGCAAAGAUUUAUCAGAUGAGACAAGCGAAAUGAGAUUGACUGAUGCUGAAUCGUGUGAAUUUACAAUCUCAAGUAACGGGAUUGAUUCAACUGGUUAUAUUCGAAUACCGCAGGAUUUAUUAUCAACACAAAAGUCUACUGAUUAUAAUCAGAUUAAUAAUAAUAAUAUCUAUAAUAAAUUGAAUAAUUGUAAAUGGAAACUUAAAGGCAACUUUGGACAACGUAUACAAAUACGAUUUAUCAAACGUCUAGAAAGUUCAUCUUACUACAGUCAAUCACAUGGAACACAAUCUGGUAAUGGUUAUAUUCAACAGGAUCAAGAAUUUCAUAAUGUAAUCAAUAAAGAAAAUCAUAAUGCUGAUAUUGAUGAUGUACAAGGAAUUGAAGCAUCUUUUAUCAACAGUUUACGGUGUCCCACUUCAAUGACCCUGGAGCUGAUCAAUUAUCGUGCGAAUGCGUUAAGCAAUAACAAUAAUAUCAAUCAGUUAAUGACAGAUAAAUUAAAAACAAGUUCUGUCUUUCAACAAAACUAUUCACCGAUGAAUUUAGAAAGGAUUUCGCCUAUCCUACCAAAAUCUUCAUCAUCAUCAUCAAUGACACCUCAUUCUACAGACUACACCUCCCACUCCCCUAUACCAUCAGAUCCAGUCCGAUUGUGCGCUGGUGAAUUUAUGCUCUAUUCACCAGCUAGUAAAGGUUUUAUGUCAGGCAGUAUUCCUCUACUGGACAUAAUUCUACGAAUCAAUAAAUCAACUGUCAAUGAUGCGUAUACUGGUGAUAGAAAAGGACCCAUAUUUGCAAACCUUCAAUAUCCAAACUUUGGAUAUGAUGUACAGUAUAGAUUUGUUACUGAUUAUGGUGUGACAGCUACUUUUGGCAAUCAGCGUAAACCAGGAUGCUUUUUUGAAUUUAAUCGAUCACAAUCGAUGAAAGGCAAUUUUACAUCACCAAACUAUCCUGGAUUAUAUCCAAUUGACCUAACUUGUGAAUAUAGAUUUUUUGGUAUCAAUGUGAAGAGAAUCGAUAUUGUAUUUUUAGAAUUUGAUGUAGAAAGUACCUCUAAAACUUGUACAGACGAUACAAUGGGUGACAGCGUUGAAAUUAGCAGUUGUUAUCCAGUGGAAUUAUUAACUUCACCGAAACGUCGAUUAUGUCAUAGACAAAGCCAUUUAAGCCCAUAUAAAAUUCAGUGGUAUGAACCAUGCUUAAAUUUAAAAUUCUUCUCCAACGGGAUGUAUGUCAGAACAGGAUUUCUCGGUGUCUAUGAAUUUCAUGAUGCCGGUGAAAUUGGGAAGAAAAUCAAUAAAAUAUUGAUCAUAUUCUUAUGUAUAGUCGUCAAUAGUUUACAUUACUUGAUUACAUGAUUUAUCCAUUUAUCUAGUAUGAAUGAAAUGAGAUUUAUUCAUCUACUCACAUAGAGAUGAUUUCUACUGAGGUUAUGUGUAUGAGCAUGUAUGUGUGUGACGAUGAACAUCCUCCUGAAGUAUAGUGCUGUUGAACAGGACUGCUGAAUAGACAACGUACUUGUGAGAACUACUCAAUAGAUACUACUUCAUUAUGGUUUAUGUGCAUGAAAGGAAAGUAUUGUAAUUAUUCUCUUCACCUCUUUCUUUUUUUAUUUCUUUCCUUCUCAGAGACAAUUAUUUAAUGUAUAUUUUUUAACUAUGUAUAAUCAUUAUGUAAUCAGAUAAACAGAUAUCAAUGUGCGUGUGAGUGUGUGUUGUACAUUUACCCGUGUUUUUGUCUGUUAGCCGGUGUGGAGUAUUUUUUUUUCAAAAGUAC